CAUAUACUGUAUGAGUCAUGUAAUGUAGUGUUCAUCCUGACGCGACCUGCAGCUUCCCUUCCAUUCGCAUGCAUCGUAUAUUACUCGACUCGACCACUCACUCCGAAGCACUCAAGAGGAGGAAUUGAGGAUGAGUAGCAGAGGAGCUUCUGACUUUUACUACGCCGGCGAACGCAACGAGGAGCUGCCCGGCGACGCCGCCGUGGAGAUCGGGGUGGCGGAGGGCUUCGUCCGCAUCCUCCGCCAGCUCGGAGACCUCGCGCAGCUCGCGGCAGAGGUGUUCCAAGGUUUGCACGACCAAGCCAUGGCUGUGUCUGCACGAGGACGCCACCUCGCCCUGCGACUCAACCACCUCGACCACAAACACCCACACCAUUAUCAUUCCGGCUUCUUCUCCUCCCACAAACAUCACUGCCUCUUCGUUGCUUCCAACUUACAUCGUGUCCAGUGGCGAGCAAAUCUCGUGCUCAAACGAGGGGUUGUUGCAGGAGAAAACAACAGCGGCAUGCCUGGUUUUAUGUGUGAUCAUAUCGAGCGUUGCAGAGGGCCUCCCAAACUGUCCCUGCUUGACAAGUAUGAUGCUGACGGCGAGGGUGCCUGCUUGAAGAGAUACACUAAUUCCUCGUUCUACAGCCAACGCCUCAAGGAGACAGAAACAUCUGUGGAAGUACAGGAGACCAGUCCUACAUUUAAGUGUUCAGAGGACUCCAGGCCUCCAACUCCAAAGGCAGCCCAGUGCAGUGACUCUAUGCCUGAAAUACACGCAUCUCAAGGAUUUCUUUCCAUAUUCCGGCAACUGAAAUACCGACACGCGAAUGGAAGCCUAAGGCCUCAAAUGCACAGCUUUCAGAAUGAGGCUACACCUGAAGUGAACAUGUCUUCAAACCGUUCAACUGAAUCAACCAUCAAAGAGACGGAAGACAUCACAGUAGGCACAGCUUCAGUCAGCGAAGAGGGAAACGGUGAACUUGAGAGAACUAGUUCAUUCGAGGCAUGGCUCUCCCCAAAUGCACAUAUUCUUCAGAAAGACCAGAUGAUAGCAGAAGAAAUGUCCCAUUACACCUGUAAUAAUGGAUUUGUCAGUCAUGUCACUCAGAAUGAUGCCAUUGCUGCGACAGCUGAUUUUAAGGAGGAUUCCAACACCUACAGGAAGAAGUCUGUGAGCAAGAGGUCAAAGUAUAAGGGCGGCAUGGAGUUCAUCGCCUCUAGAGUCAGAAGCCGUUUCCCCAGGAAGCUGUUCAGCAAAAAGCAAGAUCCACGUCCACUGUCAGUGGCAGAUUCCUUCCGGAACAUGACUAGCAAGAUUCUUGAGCUGAAAUGCAGUAACAUUCAAGAUAAGGAUUCCGAUGAAUUGAGACCAAACAACAGAGACGGCAGCAAAUGCCUUGAGAAGACUCACCCUGUUAAUUUAGCUUCUCCAAGUUUCCAGGAGGAACUGCUUGCAGGUGAAAGUGACGAACCUUCGUCUCCUGAACAUAGUUAUAAGCUUACCACGAAAGCUUCUUCUGAACAUGUUCCUGUUCUUGAUGAAGUUGCAUCGGAUGAGAAAAUCACGGAGUGCACACAGGAGCACUUUGAUGAUGCAUCGUUAUGUGAAGAUUUGCAUCAGUCUAUUGUGCAUCGGGAACGAAAUGGUUCUCCAGUUCCAAAACCGUGCAGCACCACAAGCAUUACUCAAGAAGAUUCUCCGGAUCCUACAGCUGGAAAUGCUUCUUGUUCUGAAGGUCCUAGGGAAGAUAUGGUGCCGCCACUUCCUCCGAUCCAGUGGUUAUCAUCAGUCAAGGUUCGUUCAGGAUCUAGAGUUACAUCUCCAAAACUUAAAACAAUCAGGCCACAAUCACCAGCUGGAAGCAACUAUGUGCAUCCAGUCAAAGAGCAGCUGGAAACUGACAUUAUAAGAUGUCAUUACAGCGUCCUGGCGUCACACAUGGAGGCACCAGCAGCCUCCGAUGUAGAAUAUACAGCUGAUAAUAUCUCAAAUAGAGAUGGAAUUCCUGAAAACGAUUCUGGAGAGAUUCAUGAUCAAGAGAAAGAUAUGGUUCAGCCUUCAGACGAUAUGGAGAGCUGUGAUCCUACAGAACAUUCAGACGAGGUUCGGCCUGAACUUGAGAUAAAACUAGAUCCAUAUGCAGCAAUGCAAUCUCACCAAGAAGAAAUACAACAGACUGGUAAUGGAGAUUCUGAUUGCAACAAGAAGCCAAGUGAAUCUUUCCAAGAUCUGUAUCGAAUGGGAAAAGAAACUUCAGCUACACAGAGUAAUGGACCACAGGUCGAUAACUCACUGAAUCAUCACACUGACGAAGAGCACGAUACUAAUGUGCACCCAGAAAGUGUGUUCUCUUCUGCAGCAGAACAGCUAACAAAGAUGAACCCUCCUCCUGUGCCAAGGCCUAAAUAUUCUCUACUUCAGGUAAGAACGGCUCCAGGUUUGAUAUAUCCUUCAAGAAAGCUUUCGGGAGAGAUAAGUAAAUUACCUGAACAGAUAAACGACAAGCCUUGCAAUCUGAAGCCUGUCCUUGGAAGAGGCUCAAAUGUGACAGUUGAUCACAGCAGCGCAAAAGUAGCUUCAAUUUUGCAGAGGGUUGAUAACAUUCGUCAGGAUCGCGCAGACAACCACGAGAUGUCCAGUGACAGUGAGGUUAGCUGGAGUGACAGUGACUGAUUCAUCGAUGCAAAUGCAACAAGGGAUGACUAAAACAUGAAGCAACUGCAGGUAGUGAAGUUGAAGCGAUGGCAUUUCCUCUGUUUCCCAGAGAUAGCGUAAUGCACCAAAUAUGGUUAGCAGACAGUCCGUAUCAAGAGAUUGUUACAUUUGAUGAUGAAAUUGAAGAGGAACACACUGUACGCUUCCUUACAUAAAUAGCGCAAGACUAGUAAAUAACUGUACAGGACGAUCAGAAUGACUCAAGUGGAUAGAAUAUUACUAGUAGUAUGUAGUGAGAUGUAAGCAAGAAAAGUAUCUGUACUCUGCAGACAUUAUUGAGUUGCACUACGAUGACUGGUGGUGCAAGGCAAACCAAGACCAAGCUUCAUUGAUAA